CCCUAUUUAUAAACUUCAUCAUAUCAUCAAGAAUUCUAUUGAUUUUCAUUAUUAUAUGAUGACAGGAUCAGGUUCUCCUUGUGGUGCCUGCAAAUUCUUGAGAAGGAAAUGUAUAAAGGGUUGUGUGUUUGCACCUUAUUUUUGUCAUGAACAAGGAGCUUCACAUUUUUCAGCCAUUCAUAGGGUUUUUGGUGCAAGUAAUGUCUCUAAGCUUCUUUCUCAAUUGCCUAUUAGUGAUCGAUCUGAAGCCGCGGUUACCAUCGCUUAUGAAGCACAAGCUAGGCUUCAAGAUCCCAUUUAUGGUUGUGUUUCUCAUAUUUUUGCUCUUCAACAACAGGUGGUUAGCUUACAAACACAAUUGGCUUCUCUAAAGGAACUAGCAUCACAAAGACUAGUAAAUGUGCCCAUGUGUAAUUCGGAUAAUUAUACUAAUCCAACUAAUUAUGGAAGACACCCUUCUUACCAACAAUCACAAGAAAUCAAGAAUUGGUUUCAUCAAACCGAUGAUUCGUGCAUGAACAUGCCUCAAUUCACGACGAACACAACAAACGAUGUCACAAACUACAAAUCCAUGGCAGAAAGCUACGAGAACCCACUUCUUCCGAAAGAAGAAGAUGGGUCGUUUUCUAGCUUUGAAGAAGGUUCAAGCUACUCCAUUGAUUCUUUGGACAUGCAAAUAAGUAGCAGCCAACAGCAAUGGGGUAGUUAUGGAGACCAUGGUGAAGACCUUCAAUCAGUUGCUUUUGGUUAUAAUUAUAACUAGAUUAUUCAUAAUCGUUAUUGAUCGAUCAUGCAUCUUUGGGAUCAUACCAUCCCGACGAAAAUCAAUAUAAAUUUUUUAAUGAGUGAGUUCA